CGCGCGCGGGGCGGGGCCGCACCUGUGCGGGCCGCGGGGCGAUGCGGGAGCCGCGAGCAGCUGCGCGCCCCGCCCCGCGGGCUCCUCCCGCCGCCGCGGCCCCCGGCUACUGCCCGGUGCGCGCCAAGACGGGGCCGCGCCGCCGCCGCCGCUGCAGGGGCACCGGGGCCGGGUGACGCCGCCGUCGCCGGCCGCAUGGAGCCCCCGGAAGGCGCCCACCCGGGAAAAGAAGUGAAGGAGGCUGAGGUGCUCCAGACUCCCCUGGGUACCUCAGCCCCUAAGCCAGAUGACAGCUGCCACUCACCCGUGCUGGAGGAGGAGGUGGGUGUGCCAACCCCAGCACCAGGGCUCCUGCAUGUCACAGAGAAGCGGCAGCCCCUGAGCAGCGUCUCUUCCCUGGAGGUGCACUUUGACCUCCUGGACCUCACCGAGCUGACCGACAUGUCUGACCAGGAGCUGGCCGAGGUCUUUGCCGACUCAGAUGAUGAAAGCAGCGAGUCACCAGCAGGCCUGCAACCUUUUCCCCGGGCCGGCUGUCUGCGCUCUCCUUCCUGGACGCGCACCAGGGGUGAGCAGAGCCUCGAGCAGCAGCCCCUCAGCGACCUCAAGCAGCAGCCGGGGAUGGUGGACACUCUUCUCACUGUGGAGAAGCCCCAGGACUAGGCCACGGCCCUGGCCCACCCCUGUGGCUCUGCACGCUGCACAGACCUGAGCAGCUCAAGGCUGGAGGCUCUGGCCCAGCACCAGCACGGCCAGGGGCCUUUCUGGGGCCCUGUGUCAGGGCCAGCCAUGCCCAGGGAUGGAAUGAGAUGCCUGGGUCUUCUGGGAACUUCUGUCUGCAGAACUGGUGCUGUCACAAGAUUCUCCGCAGGCCCAGGUGGGAGCCGCCUCACCUGAACAGUGGCGACGCUGAGGUCGAGCCCAUGGGCCUUUGGCACCAAGCUGCUCAGCUAGUCUGCGCUUGAUGGGUCAUCCUGAAACUUGUCCCCAGGAGUCCAGUCCUGUCCCCUUCCUGACACCAAGCCCCUCAACGCCAGGCUGAGAAGUCUGUUGACCCUGGUAGUGGAGAGGGAAGCCACCUGUUAGACCCGCGACCCCUGAGCUACUUUCUCACUGUUGGGCAGAGAGAGGGGCAGCUGGGGCCCAUCUGUUCUUCCUGGCAGCCCAGGAAACACAAGCACACCAGCACCCAUACUUGGCCUGGAGUGGAGCCACCUGAGGGGACUGGGGUGAGGGGACACCGGCUUAGCUACGCUCAGUGCUGCUUUAUACAGGCUAAGGAACAGAUCGAAUCCUGGUCUAAUGAGCUAUUGAGUUUUAAAUAAAAUCACAACCUGGCUUUUCUUCCCA